UGCGCGCUCUAAGAAACAGCGUGGGGGCUAGUUUGACCAAGCGUUUUGAAGUGGGGGCUGGCUUGACCACAGUAUUAUAAAGGGGCUGCGUAUGGACUCAGUUUGAGGAAUUUAGUGCAGUUAAAGACUUCGCCUGUUUCAGUAAAUCCGCGGAAAGCCACACUAAACUUCUUUAGGUUAAGCUGUUACACUUUAGUGAGCGACUGGACGGAGUGUGUUUUAGGUUUCUGUAGAGAAACAGAAUCGUAUUCUUGAACUCUGAGAUCUAUCAGUCUGUCAGGAGCUGCGCGGGAUUCCCACAGCUUUACAGAAUGAAGUUUUCCGUUAAAUUAUUCCUGUUUGGGACUGUCAGCGCUGCUGUGAUUGGGUACCUGUGGAGUGGCCCGACUUUUAAUCCAGAAUCACUAAAAGGUGCUAAAGUGUUGGUGACUGGUGCAAGCACUGGCAUCGGGGAGCAGAUUGCAUAUCACUAUGCCCGUUUGGGUGCUCAAAUUGUCAUCACAGCGAGAAGAGAAAAUGUUUUAAAAGAGGUGGUGAAGAAGUGUGAGGAUCUGGGGGCUCAGAAAGCUCUGUACAUUGCAGCAGACAUGGCCAAUCCCACUGAUGUUGACCGGGUGGUGGAGUUUGCAGAAAAAAAGCUGGGAGGACUGGAUUAUUUAGUGCUCAACCACAUCGGGCCCAGUCCAUAUCGGAUGUGGGAUGGUGAUAUGGAUCAUAUUCGAUGGCUAAUGCAGGUAAAUUUCUACAGUUACUUGCAAAUGACAGUGAAGGCUUUACCAGCCCUUGAGAAGAGUAAAGGGUCUGUAGUGGUGGUCUCUUCCAUGCUUGGAAAAAUGUGUUCACCAUAUGCUCUGCCAUACAUUGCGACCAAGUUUGCCCUGAAUGGCUUCUUUGGGAGUUUGGAGCAUGAGCUGGUGAUGAAGCAGAGUAACGUGUCCAUCAGUAUCUGCAUCCUGGGACUUAUCGACACGGAAUCCGCCAUCGAGAAAGUUAAAGGCUAUAUAGAUAUGGCUCCUUAUCCAGCGCAUGAGGCUGCAUGGAAUAUCAUCAAGACUGGAGCACUGCGGCAGAGUGAAUCAACCUACCCCUCAUACGUCUACUUUGGCAUGCUCUUCAGAGACUGGUUCCCUACCCACAGGGAUAUGGUAAUUCGUGGCAUUUACAAUUACAAGCCAUGAGCUAAAGGUAAAUGUUUCUAACUGAAAAUGUAGGGGACCAAAAGUGCUCUUUUUAUCAAAGCCAUCAAGGAACCACUUUUUUAGAAUCAUUAAAUAAGACUUAAAACACAUUAAAUAACAACUUAAAACUUUUGAUUGAAGGUCGAAGGCAAAAUAUCAAAUACUGAACCUUUAUCUGAUCAGUAUG